AUGGUCGACAAAAUCUUUCUCACGACGGUCUGCGCCGAUAUUCUCUUUCUAGGAUCGGGUGUGAUGGAGCUGGUUUUCUCGCUGGUCGUAAGGAGCCAAAUGAACGAUAUGGCAACCGAUGGAGAAUCUGCCACAAGGAAUCUGUUGUAUCAGAGGUUUCCUUUGACUGCGGGUAUUGUCAAUGCCAUAUUCAUUCUCGUCACUUUUGCCGCCACCUUGCCAGGACUUGUUAUGCCCGCUCGCAGUUUUCUCAAGGUUUCGGGAUACAUGGUGACGGUGUGCUCGAUAUUCACCAUGUGUGUGGCUGUAUUUCUCUGGGUCAUGACCUUGAGAAUGAAGGAGCAAUUCUUCAACAUCUACAUUGAGCAGGACCCGGAAGUGCAAAGCCUGAUCCAGAACUCUUUCCAAUGCUGCGGUUACAACAACAGCACAUCACCCGCUUUUGUUAUGGACUCAACAUGUACCAGCCCUGCUAGCUCAGCUCUGCUGCGUGGGUGUGCCACGGCCAUCUCCAGUUUUGCCAAUCUGCAUAUCGACGGUAUAUUUACUGUCCUCUUUGGCCUAGUUGGCAUCGACGCUAUCUUUGUUCUGUGCAUUGCCUGUCUACUCAAGGACCGCAAGGAGCGUGAGCGUUACCGACACAUCGACGAGAAGUCAGGCUACCGACAGAUUUAA